AUGCUGAAGCUCGGAAAUGAUCAUCUCACGAAAAGUGCGGUUGUUUCCCAAGAACUGCAAUUGGGUAUCCUCAGCCAUAGAGUUAGAGCUACGUCAAAAAAGGAAGAAGAAAGUGAACUUGAGGGAGAAGCUUCUUCUUCAACACAUAUACAAAGGAAAAGACCGGCUGAGGAAUCCUUUCCCACAAUAAUCACUCCUCCUCCAAAUCUUCGGGAUCGCACUCCCGUUCAACAUCCUCGUGUACAAAGUCAGUCUAAUACAGGGGAUGACGAUUUUGAUGAUUACAACGAAAGCGAGGAAGAAGAGGAAGUCAAUGAAAACGAAGAGACAUCAACCGAAGUUCAACUCAUUAUUUCAAAGAUGGAAAAUAUGGAGCCAUCUGCUGAAGAAAAACAGAAUACGGUGCGUCGAUCAAAAUGGGAAGAAGCAUCAAACCUCUAG